GAAGUACCGCCAGCUGUCAUGGCUGAACGAUUUUGAUUGCUUUGUAUCGUAAUAAGACUCGGAUCAGUUUUCACCUGAGUGCUCAGCGCCGAAAGGAGGAGAUUAAAACACGACAAUCAUUACAGACAAGGUCGGCAUCGCCUAGUCAAGAUGUCACGGCUGACUGUUUUCAUUCUACUGGUUGUGCCAUUAGUAAUACUUGCUGCAAGAUACCGACCCAAGUUGCACAGAUAUCGAGAUUUCAGAGGCAAUGUUUGGGGACGCUAUAUUUCACGGUCCGGAAAGUGCCGAUCGUUCCGACGUCUUUACAACCCGGGGGAGGUGAUUAGAACACCGAGACGGCUGUCGCGAUUCACGUUCCGCUGUAGUCGACAAGGAAUAGUGGUGGACACAUCGCACAGCUCCUGUCUCUAUAACAGACAACGAAUUCCCCAUGGGGAGACAAUCGAGGAGGACUGCUCCACGUUCAGGUGUAAGAUUUACCUCAUUCCAACUCGACGACGGUGGAAACAGGUUGUUAAGAGUAUCAUGUGGCUGGAGUCUAGAGGAUGUAAAGAUCUGCUAGGGCGGUGUAAACGGGUCGAUGUCAAGGAGACAGACGGAGGUCAGACGUGCUACUGCGAUUACAGCAGUCUCCGGUGGAUCUGUUACGUGGAGGACCCGGCCCCUCUACCGCCAAUCCUGCCAGCCUUGCCGCCGCAGUGUGCUGGCUGUAUGGAUAAAGGAAAAUGUUUUCCAUUUGGGUACAAGAAAGAGAGCGGGGGUGACAAGUGUUCCUGCCAGAAGAACGGGUGGGCGUGCACUUCUGUUGGGGAACCGGUGUUCCAAAACCCCAAACCCGUCUUCGUACCUCCCCCACCCCCUAUGAUGGCUGUGGAACCGCCAUGUGAAGUGUUCCAAAACCCCAAACCCAUCUUCGUACCUCCCCCACCCCCUAUGGUGGCUGUGGAACCGCCAUGCAAAGGCAGAGGGUUUGGAGACGACGUGGUGAACAUCAUGGUCAGUGUUGUGUUAGUGAAGUUGACAGAUUCGAAGGCGGAAGUGUAA